GUUAAAAUGAAAACACGCGGCUGUCAAACCCAGAGAAAAAUUCCUUAAAAGCGUGAUUCACAUUGAGCCAUUGAGAUAAACGGAAAAUAUUGAAAGAAAAGGAAAAAAAAGAAAAUCACAUUGAUUUGAGUGAAUCAUCAUCGAAAAGUGGUGUUUGAUUUCCAACAUAAAAUUCUUAAUGGAAAUCAAGUGAAAGAAAAAAUUUACUGGAUAAAAAUAGGCGACAUUUGUUUGGAAUUUUCCGUGGAAUUAAAGAAUAUACAAUGAUAUUUUCAAAAUUGACCCGAUUUGCAUGGCGUUAUAAUCCAAGUAUUCGCCAAUUUUCUGGCAAAUAUCAAAAAGCUUUGAAAAAAUAUCCUAUAUUGACACAAGCCGUUCAGGCUGGAUUCUUGAUGGGAGCCGGGGAUUUUUUGGCUCAGACAAUAAUUGAAAAGCAAAAAAUCUCUCAAUGUGACUACAUUCGGACGUUGAAAUUCUUUUCAAUUGGAUUCUGUGUGGCUGGCCCUGGCCUACGAAAAUGGUAUGGAGCACUAGAUUCAUAUGUUACUGCAAAGAGUCGAUUGGGUCGUACAGCACAGAAAGUGUUCAUCGAUCAAGCUGUAUUUGCACCGAUUUUCUUGGCCUUUUUAUUGUCUGUGAUUGGAUAUUCGCAACAUCAAGAUCUUGGAAAAGUCAAAGAAAAAUUACAGCAGGACUAUCCCGAUAUUUUACUGGCGAACUACAGUGUAUGGCCAUGGGUGCAGAUUCUCAAUUUCAGCAUUAUACCAUUGAACUAUCAGGUGUUAUUGACGCAAACCGUUGCUGUAUUCUGGAAUAUUUAUUUCUCAUGGCGUACAAAUUUAAAUGAGCGUCCGGCUGUGAUCAGCUCAGGAAAUGUGGUGAAUGCGAACACAAAUAGUAAUGCAAUUGCUAAAACGGAGUAGUAUUAACAAA